AUCCCGCCCUUCCUCCUUCUCCUCCUCCUCGGUGUCAGAGCGGCGGAGCCCUCUGAGUCGCCGCCGGGCCGCGGGUAGGGGAGCAGCCGGCGCUGCCGCUGGCCAUGGUGGCGUGCCCGCCGCCGCGGGGGCAGCAGCAGCAGGCGGCGCGGCGGCGGCGGCCGCCAUUGCGCGCGGGGGCCGCGGGACUAUGAAGAAUGGAAGCGGACGAGGUGACGAUCCGCGAGCAGAACUUCCACAGCCAAGUGCGGGAGUACACGAUCUGUUUUCUACUAUUUGCUGUUCUCUACAUAGUCUCCUACUUCAUAAUCACAAGAUACAAAAGGAAAGCAGAUGAGCAGGAGGAUGAAGAUGCCAUCGUUAACAGAAUAUCGCUGUUCUUGAGCACCUUCACUCUAGCAGUUUCAGCUGGUGCAGUCCUGCUUCUGCCUUUCUCAAUAAUCAGCAAUGAGAUCCUGCUUUCUUUUCCACAAAACUACUACAUUCAGUGGCUAAAUGGCUCACUAAUUCAUGGAUUAUGGAAUCUUGCUUCUCUUUUUUCAAAUUUAUGUUUGUUUGUGUUGAUGCCCUUUGCCUUUUUCUUCCUGGAAUCAGAAGGAUUUGCUGGCUUAAAGAAGGGCAUCAGAGCACGCAUUUUGGAAACGCUGGUAAUGCUUAUUCUUCUUGCACUGCUUAUCCUUGGAAUUGUAUGGGUGGCUUCAGCACUCAUUGACAAUGAUGCUGCCAGUAUGGAGUCUUUGUAUGACCUCUGGGAAUUCUACCUCCCGUAUUUAUAUUCCUGUAUAUCACUGAUGGGAUGCUUGUUACUUCUGUUAUGCACGCCAGUGGGACUUUCACGGAUGUUUACAGUAAUGGGUCAGUUGCUGGUGAAGCCAACAAUCCUUGAAGACCUAGAUGAGCAGAUGUAUAUCAUCACUUUAGAGGAAGAAGCAAUUCAGAGGAGGCUCAACGGUGUGUCUUCCAUGGUGGAAUACCAGACAGCAGAGCUGGAACGGGAGCUAGAAAAAGUGAAAAGCAGGAAAACGAAUCUAGAACGGAGGAAGAAAGCUUCUGCUUGGGAAAGGAAUUUAGUCUAUCCAGCUGUUAUGAUAUUGCUACUGAUUGAGACGUCCAUCUCAGUCCUCUUAGUUGCUCUCAACAUUCUUUACCUGUUGGUUGAUGAGACUGCAAUGCCAAAGGGAUCAGGGGAGCCAGGAAUAGGAAAUGCCUCCCUAUCCACCUUUGGUUUUGUGGGAGCAGCACUUGAAAUCAUUUUGAUUUUCUAUCUUAUGGUAUCCUCUGUCGUCGGCUUCUACAGUCUUCGUUUUUUUGAAAAUUUCACUCCCAGGAAGGAUGACACGACUAUGACAAAGAUCAUUGGAAACUGUGUCUCAAUCUUGGUGCUGAGCUCUGCUCUGCCGGUUAUGUCAAGGACACUGGGAAUCACCAGAUUUGAUCUACUUGGAGACUUUGGAAGGUUUAACUGGCUGGGAAACUUCUAUAUUGUAUUAUCUUACAACUUGCUCUUUGCUAUCAUGACAACAUUAUGUCUGGUCAGAAAGUUCACUUCUGCUGUGCGAGAAGAACUCCUGAAGGCAUUAGGAUUAGAUAAACUUCAUCUGUCAAACAAUCCAAGAGAAUCAGAGGCAAAGCCGGCUGCAAAUGGGCAUCAGAAAACACUGUGAUUAACAGUCAUCUGCAGUCAACAGAGCUGAAAACAUCAACCUCAUGGCAUUCCUGUCAUCUCAUCAGCAUUUUUACAUUGAUUGUAUUUGUUGAUAAUUUGGGUCCAGCCUUGUCUCAUUUUUAUUCCACAUGCUGUGUGCUUCUGAGGAAGUUAGGUAUAUCAGUCUUCUCUUUCCAGUGAACUUUUGGUCUGCUUGUUUAUUUCCUAGGAAGUUAAUGCAGGAGGUGCCUUGAAGACUGGAAGCUGAAGAGAAUAAUGCAUUCCUUUUUAUUUGUUGACAGUCUCGCAUCUUUAGAUUUAACUUGCUACCAUUUGAAUGCAUAGUACCUCCUGUGUUAUACAGACACAGCUAUAAAGAAUAACUCUGGGACUUGGUUAAAAAAAAAUACACUUGAAGCCCAACAUGACCCUUGCUGGAAAUGCAAACUACUUGGAGUAGGUAUCCUUGACAGUAGGUAAUUCCACUAAGAACGUGUUAAAAAUGAAAGUAACUGGUAGAAAUCUCAGUUCCUUUCAUGCUGGAUGCAAUAGGCUGUUUGUAGUCUAAUGUCACAAAGCUUUCUUGGAACGCCAGCGUUUUCAGCUUUCGGUUGUUAGCUAUAAAUGCCAUGUUGCUUUACUGGUAGUCAGAAAAUGUCUUAUCAAAUAGAAUGAAGUACAAGAUGAAGAUUAACUUCAGCGUUAAAUCUGAGCCUAGUAUGCUUUGUAAAAAGCUGUGUAGACCCCCGUCACAGCUCUUACAGUUCUGUAAGCUAUUCUGCCGUGGAGGUCACUUACCCUACCAAGUACAUCCCUGUAAAAUUCUUUAUGAACUACUGUGUAUAAGCAGUACUUGUUAUCAAUGCAAGUAGCACAGGCCUAGGAGGCUGCAAUUGCAGGUUUUUUACAGUCUUUAGUUUGAAGUAAAUUAUUUCUCUGAAUUUAUACUAUAGCUACCAGGACUUCUGUUCAGUGGCAUAAACUAGUAUCUUUCACUAGCCUGUUUUUUAAUGUACACAUGAACAUGUAUGUAGGCCUGUAUGCGUAGAUAUUGUAAAUUAAGUUCUAAGCUUAUAGAGGUGACAUAGGUGGCUUGGUAAGUAAAACCUGUGUGUUCAAUCUUGAUAGUAUGAAUUUCUGCAGUGUUACAGUUUAACUUCUCAGAGGCCGUAGAUUCAGGAUGGUAUCAGUGAGUGGUAAUGUCACUUUUCUUAGCAUUACUUCAGCCUUAGGAAUCCUAUAAGCAGUUUAUAGUAAAGAAAACGCCAACCAAAACCCAACUAAGUAUUCAAAGCCUGGUUGCCCUUUGGUCCUGCUCUGACACAAGUGAUCUUCAAACAGAUUGGAAUGGGAACACCUUCAGUGUGUGCCCACUAUGUAGCAAGUGUGAUAACAUCCCUGUUUAUUUCUUGUUUCUGUAAAACAAAAAAAUCUGUCUGUAGUUUGAGGUCUUAUACGUGAUCAGGUGGUGACAACUACCUCUCCAGUGGGGUUCCGAAAUCAGAUAAACCUUGUGUCAGAAACUCUUUGGCUGUUCUCUUGAGAUGACUGCCCUGGGCUGUCGUAGACCUUAUUGCUGUGUGUGUGAUUGCGAGCUUUCUUUUGUUCCCCGGAGUGCUUCAGAAACCAAGCUCCGACAUACAUGAGGACUUCUCAAGGGGUUUUUUGCAGGCUGCCUUUUCUGACUUGAACUGGGACAUAAUGUAAAUACUGCUGUAGUGAAUAUGAUGCUAGAGAGCUGCUUUUUUGUGAUUAGUAUAAAUUCAAGGCUUAUGAAACUAUUGAUGUGUUGUACUGAGUCUUGGAAGACAAAGUAAAAUUGCUUGAUUUCACUAAGAUUUACAAGCAUCUUUUCUGUUGUUUGAGUUUAAUGCUGACAUUUUAGUGAGAAAUCUUUAUCCGAGUGCAAGUUCUGCAACGAAGAACAGGGAGCUGUAAUUAAAAGUUGGUUUAAAAUGUGUUUACAUUUAAAAUAUUGAGAGAUUUAUUAUUAGGAGCAUCAUUCAGGUAUUCUCAGAGCUUGUAGCUUUUUAUGUAUUAGCAUUAUAGUUAAAAAUAACUGCAGUGCAUCCACUUGUCGGUACAAGUGAUUGUGUGACCAAAAUUGUCCUCAUCUCUUAGUAGGGCUGGUGAAUUGUGAUAUGUGAGGCUGGUUAGCUUUCUUAAAAUAUUCGUAUUACAACAGUAAAACAGUUAUUUAAAUAUACUCUGAGAAAGCGAAGAAGUGAAAUUAAGGAGUAAAUCUAGGGAGUGUGAACCAGCAUAGGUCUUGCUCCUCAUGCUUUUGGAGAGAUGGUUGUCCUGGCAUUAGGUUGACCUGAGAAGACAGAAGAUGGGAUUAUAAUUUGUAUUUGGUUUCUGAAAGUGAGUUGGGCAGUUAUGUAAAUUGAGCAGAGAUAGUUACUGCUGAUACACACACAAGUUUCAGGCAAGACUUCAGAACUCUCCUUCAAAACAAGUGUUGUAGCCUUGCCUGUUUCCAUCCCUUCUGCUGGAUUCUGCAGAGAGAUGUACGUGUUAAGUCUACAUCAGUGAAGGUGUUCCACUGAAGUAUGAAGGAUGGCUAAGAAGCUGUGUGGUUUCCAGGGUGGGCAAGAAACUCAGAACUACCCUGUGCAACUCCUGACAGUGUUUUGUUUUAAAAUCAGCUGUUUAUAUGGUGACACUGUCUACAUUAAAAUAGCCUUUGGCCUUGAAAAUUACAUGCUUGUGCAAAACUUCUUUACAGAUAAAAUGCUAUUGUCAAAUAUACUGUGUGUAAGAUACAGGUCACUAUGUACUUUUCACAGAAGCAUGUAGUCACUUAAAUACAAGCAACUGGUAAUUCAUUAAUGGAUAUUGACGAUACAUUCCUAGUAUUUUGACUCAUGUAGAGUCAGGUGGUCUAUACCUUCAAGGUAUAUACAGCUGAUCUUAGUAACAUUAACAUCUGCCUCACUUCUUAGGAGGCAAAAAGCACAUAAACAAUUCCAUCUUCAACUAGAUACCACACAAGACCAAAAAAUAAAUGUAAACUACAUGUUUUAAGUUAGCUGUUUUCUGUGUUGGUAGCACAAUAUUAAAUGCAGUGGCAGGACUGUUGUGGGAUUUCUAAGUGUAAAGCACACAUACUUAUAUCACUUUAAGCUAAAAAGUAGUAGUAUUGGUUACUGUACAAGUAACUUUUUUUUUUGCAUUCAUAGGAAGCUUUGUUUACUGUCUGUAAUGUGAUGUUUAUCUUUGGCCCUAUUCCUCCAAUACCUUUUACCCUGUUGACUGGUUUAUUGUCAUAGAAAUUAAAGGACUUGACAAGUUGUUUUCCUUGUCUAUUUCCAAAGUACCACCUCAAGUACCACAGAGGCUUGGCUCUUGCUGUAGUUGAGCCUGUGCAGAGAGGAGCUCAUGCAGCGUGUGUUAAUAGGAUAAACGCACAAAUGGCUGCUGUAGCGGCGCUUUCUCCAGAACGGCACCUAGUGAACAUGCCAGUGGGAGUGACAAGCGCAAAGGGGGCUGCAGUCCUCCCACCUCACUGUGCCUCUCCUGCUUACCUGUAGGUCUCUACAGCAGCUGGUGUGCUGCUUCAGGUGAUAUGCCCCAUGCUUUGUGGCAAAGACAAGACGGCCCUUUUAUGAAAGAAUUUACUAUCUAAAAUAGAAAGGAGUAAGUUAGAAACCAAGAGCAGUUGGCUUCUUCAUCCAUGUGACCUUCCUUGAAUUUUGUGUGUUCUAGGUUAUUUUCUUUUCUCUUUCUUUUCCUCCCCAAAGCGUGAUGGGCUGAGGUGGUGUAUGUACAUUUGCUGACCCUUAUGCUUGGUGGAUUUAAGCAGCAUCUACAGCUGUGAAAUACCAAAUAUAGGAAGAUAACUGAAUCCUGUUGAUUUACAUAUAGUCUGAUUUUUGAAGUAACAGUUUUUCAAAUCUAGUGAAGUUAUUUAAACAGGGAUGCUUAAUACAUGAAGGUCAUUUUGAUAACCUCUUUAAAAAGAAAUGUGCUUAGUUUUGUUUAAAAGUAUUCAUGUGAACUGUGAACCUUUAAAUGUUUUCUAGAAAUUAGAUCCCUUCCUCCCUGGUGUUAGUGUUUUUGUUAUUCUUUUAGUGCUGACUCAAAACAACUAACUCCCCCUCUGCCCAUACGUUUCAGGAGCCGAAAUAUUGAGCUCCUGAAUAUUGAGUUUACUGUUGGUGAGCUGGUAUGUUAUUUCAGGCACAUUAACAGCAUUUGAACUUCACAAAAAUGCUUCUUUUGAAUUUGUCCCACUCGGGGAGAGCAAGGGAUGGCUGACAGCCAUCACCCAGUAGGUCCUGACAUGGAUCCCAAAGCAUUCUUGUGUCCAAGGGAAGGCUGCAGAUGGUGAUAACCUCUGCCACCUUGUUCUGCCUUGCCCAAUGCCCUUAACUCAGGCAUACAGUCUCUGACGCUGUCAUAAGAAGUCAUGAUGCUCCAUUUCUGUUUGAGCUGCGAGGACAUCAGUCCUACAUGCUGAAUUUGGCUACUUUGGGGAUUACAGAUUCUCAGGGGUCCUGGGUGAUAGCUGUGCACGUUCUCGAACUGCAGCUUUUUACUUUCAGCUCCGUUUUGUUGGGACUAAGAGGUCAUUCAGGAUUUCCUGGUUGUAUGUUUCUGUGAAGGCCGUUCUGUGUUUGGAUGGCUUCUUGCUGUCUAGAGAAUGCCGCAUGGUUCUGAAUAGAACCAUGUGCCUCUGGAAUUCAUCCAGAGAGGAUGCAAGUUUUGUUUAAACAAUUAAAGUCCGACAAUGUUGGUCAUAAUCUUGAGAAGGAGAACACAUCUGGUGGGCAAUUAACACUAAGUGUGACUUCCAGAAUCCCCACUGUGCCCAAUAAUUUUUGGGCAGGGUGUGGGAAAUGACAUGGAGCUCACCUGUGCAGAUAGUAUGUUUUACAUUCUUUUUAUAGUCAAUCUUUAAAGUUCUAUAUUUCUAAAAAUUUAUUUUAAAUCCUCAAAUUCAUGAAAUUCAGGGCUGAUGAAACUUUUUUUUUCCUAAAUCUAUCUAAUUUUUGAAGACAUCUGACAUCUUGGCUUGCUUUCCUUUUUCAUGUUUUGAAGUUAUGCACCAUCUUAUUUAGUGGCAUUGAUGUUAAUAAUGGGCCUUCUUCGUGAGGGAAGCAAAACGUGAAAUAACAGAACAAAACAAUCUAUGAUCUAUCAGAAUGUAUAUCAGCAGGGAACUUAAAUGGGAAGCACCUUGAACUCUUCUUUCAAAGAGAAAGAAGGAACAUGGAUAUCGUUGGUGUACAAAAGUUAACUCUAUGUUCUCCAAACAUGCCAAUAAUUCACUAGCACUGAAAAGAAGUUCUUCUAAAAACCAGUUUUGUGUUUCACAGUGCAAGAGUAUCCUUGACUUUAAAAUUUAUAGAAGCCUGUGAACUUGCCUGAAAACCUGAAGAUGCUUGCUUGUUCUAUAUUAAUUACCAUAUUUUUCUAAGUAACUUUUCCAGUUUUGUUUAUUGCUCAUAGAUUAUUAUUGUUUUAUAUACAUAGCAUUAAAUGUUUUAAGAAAUAACGUAAGAUGACUCAAAGCAGUCAAAGUGAUAGUGUCAGAAAUAUCCCAUAAACGUUGAAAAACCUAACAUAUCUAAAUCCAAGUUAUUCAAAAGCUGUAUCUGUGUGAAGGCCUCACAUAAACACAGGAAUUGGGAAAUCCCAGUACUUAAAGACUUUAGGUAUCCAACUGUUUGUACCUAUAUCAGCACUUUGGGAUGCUGCUUAUAAAUUGCUUCUAAAUGUUUGCUAUAUAUUAACCUCAAGUGUGACUGUUGCUUCCCCCACCUAUCCCUUUACAUAAUUUUUAUAGUCGGCAUCACUGGAUGAAGCUCUGUGUGUGAAGAGUGCUUUGUUUUGCAUUCCUCACAUAUUCAGUUCUUGUGUAGAUAUAAAUUGCAGGGCACUUCGGCUGAUUUUAAUAUCUUCUUUUCCCACAUAGUCGAUACAGAGGCAUUCCCUACUUAGAAGUGUUCUUCCGUUGCGAAAAUGUUAAUAUUUAUUCAUUCAUUUGCACUUGAUAUGGUUUUUACCUCUAGAUUCCAUUAAAACAAUUCUGUCAUUAGAGUGUGUCCUCUAACAAAUUACUGAGAACUCAUGAAAGUUGGAAUUAGGAGUGAAAUGGAGAUGGUUUAGUCAUUGCAGAUGCAUGUGCUGUUAACUUUCAGUAGUGUGUGGCAACCAGCCCACUUGUCAGUGAGAGAAGAACGUGCUUGUACAGCCCAUGCUGAUGACACCAGGGUACCCGAUGUGCUGUGGAACCACUCUUCAGUUCUCUUCUUUGUGAUUUAUAGAGUAAGACUGCAGCUCUUGAUGUGCCUUGCAGCCUUACUUGAUUGGAUAGAGAGAUGCAUUGUUCCAAUCUGUUGAUAGUGCACAGGUCUCUCAUGUUUAGAUCAAACUCAAACUGUGCAUGGUGCCAAGGUAGGACUCCUUGUGUGUUUUCUGUACCUUUUGUCUUUCAUGUGUAUGAGCAUGUUUUGGACCUUCUCUCCCUGUGAAAUCCAGAAAAGCAGCACGAUGAUGGCACCUGUAUCGUGUGUAUGAUAGAUCUGUCUAAAUGCCUAAAGAGAAAACUAACUGGUGCACGACUUCUGUUUUCACCCAACCAUAAGUUUUCCCAGUCUGGGCCAAAAUCAGAUUUACAAAAUCUGUGCAGGUAACUUUCUCCUCCCUAAAGCAAAGUUGAGCCACUUUUAAUUUUUAAAGCUAGAUUUCAGAGUGUCUUUGUUUUAUUUGGCCUGACUUCUAUUACUUUAAUACAAGUGCAUAGAAAAAGAAGAUACAUUUGGGUCAUUGAUUUGAAGCCUAAGCAGAUAUGAAACACGCAAACACAAAAAAUAUGGUUAGACUACUUUCUUAUGGUGCAUGGAACCCAACCUUGUGUUACCUAAAUAGGAAAGACACAUUACUUUUGUCUUUAUGAAGUUUUGGUCUAUAAAAUUCACAUUGAGGAAACUGAGAAUAUUCUCAGAAUGCUGCUGUCCGUCUUGUCAGAUGGGAUCAGGGUCACAUGGACUUUGGUGACGUGACCAUAAAAACUCAGUUCUGAACUAGCGUUUCUAUGGAUGUUGCUACUGAUGGCACUAUAGCAAUGGCUGCGGAUAUCUUCUGUCGUGCACUUUCAGGUCAUUUGCUGUAGUGUUACUGGUUAAGAUUUCAGUUGACAAAAAAACCCAUUGUGCACAGUCUUAACUGUAUGUGAGGCUGUGAGAUGUUCAGUGCAAUCAGCAAUCACCUCUUGGUCCAAAUUUUGCUAAAGGCUUUUUAAACUACAGGCUUGAGCAACUUGGAUGUUCCUUUCACAUGGCUGAGUCUUGGACCAAGGUAAAAUAUAGUUGAGAGAUUAUGCUAUUAGUGUUACUGCAAUCAGAACAAUUUUCUUUGUACGUACCUUCUCCCCACCAAACCCUUCCUGGUUUAUUUUAGGUCAUUCAGAAAUAUGUUUUAUAAUGUUCUUAGUUGUGGAUACUUUGCUGUGUUACAAAAUUAAAUGCAAAUACUUGCCGCAUUAGCCAGGUUGAAUUUUUUUAUGAAAAGCAGUGGUUAUGUGCUUUUCCUUUGUUUGAAAUAUUUCACUGAGUGUUUUGUAGGAAGAUUUUUUUUUUACUGUUUUCAAUAAAGUGUGAUUUGUA